UACCUACAGCGCUCCAUUCAAUUCCGCAGAUCUAUAAUUCCAGUAUCCCUCAAUUGGUUCAUUGAUUCGCUAGAUCAAUCGUCAAAUGGAUGCCAUAGACAACGUGUUUGAUCCACUCAGAGAUUUCGCCAAGGACAGCGUUCGCCUGGUCAAGAGAUGUCACAAGCCCGAUCGCAAAGAAUUCACCAAGGUGGCAUUCCGCACGGCGAUCGGAUUCGUGGUUAUGGGAUUUGUGGGUUUUUUCGUGAAGCUCAUAUUCAUCCCCAUCAACAACAUCAUUGUCGGAUCUGGUUAAGGUUGAAUGGAAUUGCUGGCCUUUGAGAUGUGAAGCUGUCCUCAAAAUGGUGAAAGAGAGAAGAAUUUUUUGAGUCUUUAGGGUUUUCUUAGGCUUUACUUAAUUUAAAUGCCUCAGCUAGACUGAUUUAUCUCAUUCAUGUUUUUGCUGAAAUGUUUUUGUCUUUAUGAUACUUCAGUUUGAUCUUUAUACUCAUGUUAAUUCAUUUCUAUCC